AUGGCGGGUGCGAUAACGUUUCCUAGGCGAGUUCAGAAAUUUUUUCUAGGGUUACUUUUGCGGUAUGAGGCUUGGCGUUAUCCUGCAAGAAUAUCGCUUUCUUCCGAUUGAUCAAAGAAGGCUAUUUCUGAAUGAGUGCUGCUUGUACUCGUUGAAGCGGCUCACAAUGCAAGUUAGCAGUGAUGGUUUGACGCCUUUCCAAAAACUCAUAAUGGACAAUUCCAGUUGCUGUCCACCAAACACACAACAAAACCUUGUUUGGGUGCAAGGAAGCCUUGAGCGUGUGUGGUACCGAAUCAGUAGGCGACAACCAAUGAUACGAACGCUUAGAAGUCGAAUAUAUGUAAGAUCAAUUUUUCGUCGCAGGUUAAUAACCGAUUAAGAAAUGGUUCAUUAGCGUUGCGUGAAAUGUUUGCUGAACAAAUGGUAAGACGACUUAAUUUCUGAUGAAGAUGCAAACGAAUAGUUUCAAACUCACUCUGAACAUUUCUGCAAGUUCUUGGCACGUUGUCCUGGAAUUUGCGUCCACAACCUGUCGAAGAUCCUUGUUGUUCAUGAUUUUUGGUCUCCCUGAGCGCG